AUGUUCUCUUCGUCUAGCAUUCUUCUCCUCUGCUUUGGAUGGCUAGCCCACGCGGCCACAGUCACAUACGACUUCAACAUCACUUGGGUCACCGCCAACCCUGAUGGCCUUCUCAACCGACCGCUCAUCGGAAUCAAUGGCCAAUGGCCUGUACCAUACAUCACUGCAACUGUGGGAGACCGCGUUGUGGUCAAUGUACUCAACCAACUCGGCAACGAGUCCACGAGUCUGCACUUCCACGGUAUUUACCAGAAUGGGUCUACGGAAAUGGAUGGUGUUACCGGCGUGAGCCAGUGUCCCAUUCAACCAGGAGGAUCGUUCACGUACAACUUCACGAUUGAUCAGCCAGGUACAUACUGGUAUCACUCGCACGAGACUGCCCAGUAUCCUGAUGGUCUUCGUGGACCGUUGAUCGUCAAUGAUCCCAAUUCUCCUUACAAGGGGCAGUACGAUGAGGAGAUGGUGUUGACCGUGUCAGACUGGUAUCACGACGAAAUACCGAAGCUCAUGAAGAGUUUUAUCAGUGUGACCAACCCAACGGGAGCUGAGCCAAUACCAAAAUCUGCCCUCAUGAAUGACACCUACAACCUCACAACGCCAAUCGAGCCUGGAAAGACUUACAUGUUCCGCAUUAUCAACGUAGGCGCCUUUGCCGGUCAAUACUUCUGGUUCGAAGGCCACACUAUGACGAUCGUGGAAGUUGACGGCAUCUAUACCGAGGCUGCCGAAGCCGACUUGAUCUAUAUCACUGCAGCACAGCGUUACAGCGUUCUCGUCACAAUGAAGAACGAUACCUCUACCAACUACGCCUACGUUGGAAGCAUGGAUCAGAGUUUGUUCGACACGGUUCCUGCAUCCCUCAAUCCAAACGGCACUGGCUGGCUCGUCUACGACGAUACAGCACCUUUGCCCACGCCUGCUCUUCUUGACACAUUCAACGAGUUCGACGACUUCACGCUAAUUCCAACAGACGGUGAAGAGCUCCUCGGCCCAGUCGACUACUCUUUCAACCUUGACCUGAAGAUGGACAACCUAGGGGACGGAGCCAAUUAUGCAUUCUUCAACGAUAUAACCUAUGUCCGCCCCAAAGUCCCAACCCUCUACACUGCUCUCUCCGCUGGCGACCUCGCGAACAACGCCACCAUCUAUGGCAUCAACUCCAAUCCCUACAUCCUAGAGCAUAACGACGUUAUAGAGAUCAUCCUCAACAACAACGACACAGGCAAACACCCCUUCCAUCUCCACGGCCACGCUUUCCAAGCCGCCGCACGCUCAGACAAAGAUGCUGGGAAAUACGUUGGCAACGAGACAUUCGCAGCGGUGCCAAUGAGGCGGGAUACUUUUAUGCUAACCCAACACCUUGCACGCAUCUGGUUCUUCCACUGCCACAUCGAAUGGCACCUCGCCUCCGGCCUCAUCGCCACCAUGAUCGAAGCCCCCGCCCUCCUCCAAACCACCCUCUCCAUCCCCCCCUCCCACCUCGACGUCUGCACCGCCCAGAACAUCCCCACCGUCGGCAACGCGGCCGGCAACGCCGUCGACCCGCUCGACCUGACCGGCGCCCCGGAGCCCCCCCGCCCCCUGCCGGCCGGGUUCACGGCCAAGGGCAUCGUGGCUUUGGUUUGCAGCUGUCUGAGCGCUUUUGCGGGCAUCGCCGUCAUUUCUUGGUACGGCGCGGGUGAGAUCGGCAAGCAGGUGCCGAGCAAAGGGACCGAGGAGGCUGCCGCGGCUGCGGAGGUCGAAGAUGAGAUUGGUGGCGAUGUCGUUGGGGAGUGA